AACAAAAAAAUGCAUCAAAAGAGAACAAACAAAACAGAGCAAAACAAGUAUGACUAAAUAAAAUAAAAUAAAUAAUACAUUACAUUACGAUCGAGACCUUUGUCUCUCUAGCACUUUCUUUCUCUUCUUCUUUUUCUUUUUUCUGCUGGACUUUUCUUCGAACACAUGGAAGACAAAAGCACUGUUCUAGCCAGAAACGACUGAGAGACAGAAAAACAACGAAAGGGUUUGGUGGGUGUGAUCAUAUGAAGAGAGUGAGUGAGUGAUUGAGUGAAGAAAGCAACUAACGAGUUUUGAGAUUGAUGGAGGGAGCGGAGGAGGAGCUAGAAAGAAGGAGCAAGUUCCUCCAUAGCUUGAUUCAGAAGAAGAAAGCCGUGGAGCAGCAUGAACAGAAUGAGAGCCUCAACGUUCGAGUCAGGGCUUCCGAUAUGCCUUUCCCUUUGCAGAGCCAAGCCUUUCGAUGUGCACGUGACCACCUUGACUCCAUGCCUCCCGGCAAGCUCGACAGUAAACGCCUCGCGCUCGCACUUAAGAAGGAAUUUGACUCAACCUAUGGUCCUGCUUGGCACUGCAUUGUGGGAACAAGCUUCGGUUCAUAUGUCACGCAUUCGCUUGGGGGAUUCUUGUAUUUUUCGAUCGAUAAGGUUUACGUCCUUCUUUUCAAAACUGCGGUCGAGCCUUUGGACCAAUAAAUAUAAGUUCUAUGCUUGUCUGUUUGGUUUUACAAUCUAAAAAUAUCAAUUUAAUUACAUGUAAAAUUAUAGUCUGAAACAUUCAUAGGCAUCUAAGUUCCAUGUCAUACUUUUUGUAUCUGCAUUUAUGAAAACUUUUCUCUAGUUUAAGAUUCUGAGACUCAAAGCAUAAAAAUGUAAGGCCGCUUGCUAUGAUAAUACAAUGGAUGUCACUAACUUCUUCUCUUGUGA